CAGACUUGAACGGUUGAACUACGGUAUGUUAUAACCGGUGUAACAAUAGGGACCCCCUUAUUACAUCGUGCUUUAACCAUCAAGUGCUCAGCAGGUUAAGCCCCUAAUCAAGCUGUGCAUAACAGUUAGCAGGCUAUGGGUAAACAACAAAUGUUGAUAUUAGUGAGAGUGUUUCGAUAGUUAUGCAUUGGUCUGGAUUACGAAGAAUAUUACAACGAUAGUAAAACAUCCAAGAUGACAACCUCAUUACAUGCAACGGUUGAAAAGCUAUAUUAUUUGAGGGACCAUUAUUAUGAUUCAACAUCAUCACAGUCUUCACAAAAUGAGAAAUGGGAACUUGUAAAAAAGGAAAUGAAAAUGGUUGUUGAAAAAAUAAAAUCUCCUGAUCUUAAAAUAACUGCAGACAUGAUGUCUACCGUUCAUCCAUCCAUCCCCCAGUAUUUGUUAGGAAGGGCACACAAUGUUAUGCCGGAAUAUGAUUGUGAAGCUCAAAAUUACCUGAGUUCAGCGGUGAAACUUAAUCCAUCCUAUGUCGAGGCUUGGAACGAGUUGGGUGAAUGUUUUUGGAAAGGAGGUGAUACAUCAUCAGCAAAAAAUUGUUUCACGUGUGCACUAGAAAAGUGUCGCAACAAAGUUUCAUUGAGAAAUUUAUCAAUUGUUCUCAGACAACUCAAAGUUGCAGACACAGAAGAAAGAAAGAAACUAUUGUUUGAAGGCUUAAGUUUGGCUAAAGAGGCUGUACAGCUAGACCCAAGUGAUGGGAAAAGCUGGCUCAUUCUGGGAAAUGCAUAUUUUUCUGUUGCAUUUUACAGCACCCAUAGUGACGGAUAUAUCCAUAAAGCACUAGCUGCUUAUGCACAAUCAGAAAAGUAUGAAAUGAACAAAAGAAACUUCAACACAGCUGAUCUUUGUUUUAACAAAGCCAUGGCCUUGUUUCAUGACGAAAAGUAUCAGGAAGCAUUGGAAAAUCUAGAACGUUCACAAAAAUUCGAACCUGACUGGGAAUUGUCUAGGUUUAAAUAUGAUUCCACAUUGAAAUUCUUAUUGAAUAUGAAGGAAAUGGUGGCAUUAAAAGGAAAAGUAAAGCCAAGAAAAUUAAACAGCUUUCUGAAGAGCAUAAAUUCUAAGGAUUUGGGUCCAUACAAAACGAAUUCCACUUAUAAACGCGUUUCCCUUCAAGAAUUGGCAGUGGGCACCAACAAGAACAAAUACAUCGUGGUCAAAGUUGUUGCGUCAGCAUCGUACGACGGAGGAAGUCCAUUGGCCUGCUGUGUUUGCGACAAGCCGGAUUUCGCCGCCAUUGUCACCAUCUAUAGGUUGUCGCAAGACUAUGGCUUAACAAUCGGUGAUUCUCUUCUGAUUCCAGAUCCUCAGUUGCAAACCAUUCACGUCUCACUUAAGGGUCAAGCUAUCAAUUUUCCAUGUGUUCGAGUUGACUCACCUCAAAACAUUCUAGUGAAUGGGCACAAUUUGCAACCCACACAAAUGGCGUCUAUGUUUAUCAAAUUUUCAUCUGCAUGAAUGCAUGUUUCCCAUCGCCUUUUCUGUAACCUGUGUUCUCUGAAUUAUGAAUGCUUCGCAAUAUAAUUUACAUGUGAUUUCA